AUGGCUUGUUCACUGAUCAUUUCGUUUGUCGUCCAACAGGCCUCGACCAUCAAUGAUUCAGAGUUCGGAGCGGACGUUUUUGCUCAGAGGUUCAUGAUGAUGUUUGUCUUGAAAGAUGUGCGGGUCAACAUCCGCCUCGUGGAUGCGAUUAAGAGUAGAAACAUGAAAAAAUUACCAGCUUUGAAGCUAUUUGAAAACGACCCUGUGGAGGAUCCCGCGGAAAUCGAGGCCUUGAUCGAAAAAAUCUCUCCCGAUCAUCCAUUGCGAAGCGCGAACGACGAAGUAAACCAUCUUGUGUUUAAAGGUGCUGGUAGUGGAGUUUACCACAAGUUCAAUCAGCUGGCGAAGAACACAGACCCAAACACAGAUGAAAGGCUUAAAGCGAAUCUUAUAGAGGAACUUGCAGCGCUCGAUACCUUUCUUCGUUCGAAAAAGCCCCAGAGAUUUCUCGGUGGCGAAAAUUUAUGUCUUCCCGACUGUAUCUUGCUUCCCAAAUUGUUGCACAUCAAAGUGGUGGCCAAAGUCUUCAAAGAUUUUGAUAUUCCCGAAGAUUUCGAAGGCAUUCAUAAGUACUUGGAUGCAGCUAGUGGCAAAGAAGGAGAAACUCCAGAUAUCAAUGUCGAAGCGUUCACAAGAACCUCGCCAUCAGAUGAAGUGAUAGUAGAUGCCUGGUCUCGAUGGAUGAAGGUUCCCAAUCCACUACAGAGGCGAAAGAAGCCUUGA